AUGCCGCGGCCAAGAAAACGUCAGUUAUUCAACUUCAACCAAGAAUCUAGAGAAGGAAACAACAACGCUGAUCCAGCUAAAGUCCCUCGCCUUUCUUUGGUUUUACAUGAACGGGAUUCAACUUCAAUAAAUUGCCAGUCUUCAUUGAAUCACCAGCCUUCAACUACAAUAAAUUGCCAGUCUUCAUUGAAUCAUCAGCCUUCAACUUCAAUAAAUUGCCAGUCUCCAGUGAAUCACCAGCCCUCAUUUUCAAUAAAUUGCCAGUCUCCAGUGAAUCACCAGUCUUCAACUUCAAUAAAUUGCCAGUCUUCAGUGAAUCAUCAGUCUUCAACUUCAAUAAAUUGCCAGUCUCCAGUGAAUAACCAGUCUUCAACUUCAAUGAAUUGCCAGUCUCCAGUGAAUCAUCAGUCUUCAACUUUAAUAAAUUGCCAGUCUUCAUUAAAUCACCAGCCUUCAACUUCAAUGAAUUGCCAGUCUCCAGUGAAUCACCAGUCUUCAACUUUAAUAAAUUGCCAGUCUUCAUUAAAUCACCAGUCUUCAACUUCAAUAAAUUGCCAGUCUCCAGUGAAUCACCAGCCUUCAAAUACGACAAAUCUCAGAGAAGCUUCAACUAGAGCAAAUGCAGUUAUUAGAAAUAUCGUCAAACUAGAAAAUUCUGAGAAGCGUUUAAGGAAACUUGAGGAUCUGCGACUUCGAGCUUCACGACGACUUAAAGUGGAAACUUGCACACAGUAUUCUCAGAGACUUGAAGAUCUGCGGCAGAGAGCUUCACAUCGACUUCAAGCGGAAACUUGCACACAGUAUUCUCAGAGACUUGAGGAUCUGCGACAGAGAGCUUCACAGCGACUUCAAGCGGAAACUUGCACACAAUAUUCUCAGCGACUUGAGGAUUUGCGACAGAGAGCUUCACAGCGACUUCAAGCGGAAACAUGCGCACAAUAUUCUCAGCGUCUUGAGGAUCUGCGACAGACAGCUUCACAGCGACUUCAAGCAGAAACAUGCGCACAAUAUUCUCAGCGACUUGACGACAUGCGACAACGAACUUCAAGACGAUAUGUAAAUGAAACUCCCAUAGAAUAUUCUAAGCGACUUGACGACUUGCGACGAAGAGCUUCACAGCGACUGGAAACUGAGUCUCCAACAGAAUAUUCCAAACGACUUUAUGACAUGCAAAAUCGUGCUUUACAACGAACAAAUAAUGAAACGCCUACUCAACGAAAUGAGAGACUUAAAGAAAUGCGACAGCAAGCAGCCAUAAGAUUAUCUGAAGAAACCCACGAACAACGCAUCGAGAGACUUGAAGAAAUGAGACAAGGGGCAGCCAUAAGAUUAUCUGAAGAAACCGACGAACAACGCAAUGAGAGACUUGAAGAAAUGAGACAGCGGGCAACACUAAGGUUAUCUGCAGAAACGAAGAUAAAAGAGGACCAACGUUUGGAGGAACAAAGACGGCGUGACGCAAGACGAAGAGCAGCCUUGGAGAAAACUAAAGUACAAACGUACAAGAGCGCAGUGAACUCAAGUGUUAACUAUAGAUCAUUGGGCCCCUUUACAAUUACAUGCAUACAUUGCCAGGCGAUACAUUUUCCAGAGGAAAGAGUUGGCAACAAAGUUAACAGAGACUCCUUCGGGGACUGCUGUUUACAUGGUCGAAUUUCCCUGGAAGCUCCUAUCUUUCCAAAUGAAUUAAUUAUUUUGUUUUUAGGUCAGCACCCUUUGGCACAGGAAUUUCAUAAGAAGAUACGAAAUUUAAAUGCAUGCUUUUCAUUGGCAUCAUUUAAUGUGGAUGACGACAGGACAAUUAAUAGCCACGGCAUUUAUAGUUUCAUCGCAGCAGGGAUGAUUUAUCAUAAAAUAAAUUUGGCUGUUCAUCCAACACAAAAUCCAAAUGGUGACUACGAAAGACCACAAUAUGGUCAGCUCUACUUUCUGGAUCCCGACGAUGCUGUGAAUGAAAGAAUUCAUCAUCCAUACAAUAGUGACAUCAACCAAGACUUAAUGAAUAGAUUGGAGAAAAUCAUACGCGCCGUCAAUUGUUUCGCUCAGGCAUUUAAAAUGAUGAGAGAAGUGGAGACAGAAACUAGACAACUUGCAUCAGCAAACGGAAUAGCACCUCCACAUGUUCGACUUUUGUUUACUAAUCCUGAUGGUUUUGAUAUCAGGCGCUACAAUGUCCCCUCAUCCAAUGAAGUAUGUGCUGUGCUGACACUGAAUGCUGAUCAAAGCAUUCCAGCUAAUGAAAUGGUUGUACAUCAGCGAGGCAAAGAAAUAGUUACUUUAAAGAACACAGACAAACGAACAGAGCCCUUCACAUAUCCAUUAUUUUAUCCUAAAGGCACCUUUGGAUAUUCUGUGGAUCUAAAGCUACAACAGCCUUAUCCCAGUCGGCAGCAUCUAACAAGACUGGAAAUGGCACAAUAUCGUAUUGCUUAUCGCAAAGGACUCACCAAAAAUCUCCCACUUGAAAAAGAUCGAAGCGAUCUUGAUCUACGUGAAACACAAUUCAACGCACUACAUUUUGGUGGCCGACUGUUUCAGCAGUAUCUGGUUGACACAUUUAUUAGAGUCGAACGCGAUCGCAUCCAGUGGAUCAAGUCCAACCAAAAGAAGAUUCUGGCUGAAAAAUACAUAGGAGUGUCUAACUUUCUUAAAGAACUGGCUGAAAAGAAAGAUGCUGUUGUUGGUGAAACCAUCAUUUUACCAUCCUCCUUCCCAGGCUCAACACGAUACUAUGCUGAACAAUUUGAAGACGCCAUGGCUAUAGUACGACGCUUCGGUUCACCAGACUUCUUUAUAACCAUGACAUGUAAUCCGGAAUGGCCUGAAAUAAAAGAAGCUGCCCGUAUUGUUACCGAGGAAGGGUUUGUUAUUCAGCAGCGAGCUCAAGAUCGUCCUGAUCUCGUUGCGAGAGUAGCAAAGCUGAAGUUUGAAACCAUUAUUGAGGAAUUGUACAAGAAACAAAUCUUUGGGAAAGUAGCAGCCUAUGUUUAUACUAUUGAAUUUCAAAAGCGUGGUCUCCCUCACAUGCAUCUUUUACUAAUUAUGAGAUCGGAAGACAAAGUGCACAAUCCUGAUGAGCUAGAUGAUUUAAUUUCUGCUGAGAUCCCAGACAACACAGAUCCUGAGUUGCGAGAACUGGUAUUGAAAUGGAUGAUCCAUAAUCCUUGCGGUGAACAUGACUUAUAUGCGUCAUGCAUGAAAAACCACAAUGGAAAAAUUCACUGCCGUUUCGAUUUCCCCAAACCUUUUCAAGAAACAACAUCACUGGUUGACGACGAAAAACCAAAAUUAAGACGUCGGUAUGAUUCCAGACUGGACCAGCAGAGCCCUGAAUUUUCUCACGAACUAGCUGUCUACCGAAAAGACAAGUCUGGUAGAAGAAUAACCAGAGACAACCACCACGUGGCUCCUUACAAUGCAUAUUUGCUGAAACUUUUCAAUUGCCACAUAAACGUUGAAUUUACACAUACAUUGAAGAGCGGUGCAUCACACCACCGGAGGCUUGCUGGCGUUUAUCUGGAAAUGAACUCCAAAAGAAGAGCCAUGUAG